AUGCUCCUUUCUGUUAUCAAAUGUUCCACGUUUCAGGGUGAAGGGAUGACUCCCCCGGGUCAGUCAAGUAGUCAACCGUUGCCAUCGAAGGAACUAGGCCUAUUCAAGAAGAUUAUUAAAUCAUAUGAACACAAGAAAUAUCGGUUUGGAUUGAAAUAUGCUAAAACAAUCCUGAGUAAUCCUGCCUUUUCGGAGCAUGGAGAAACUCUAGCAAUGAAGGGCCUAAUUCUGAAUUGUAUGGGCAAGCAACAGGAGGCGCAGGAAUGCGUGAAAAGAGGGCUCAUGGCUGACCUGAAAUCGUACGUUUGUUGGCACGUCUAUGGGCUUGUCCAACGUUCCGAUAAGAAAUAUGAUGAAGCGAUCAAGGCUUACAAACGAGCUCUUUUCCUCGACAAAGACAACAUGCAAAUCCUACGAGACCUGGCCUUGCUCCAAAUACAGAUGAGGGAUUUUGAGGGGUACAAGGAAUCACGGUAUCACUUGCUGCGACUUCGACCAACACAACGGGUAUCUUGGAUAGGAUAUGCAACUGCUUAUCAUCUCCUAAAGGAUUACGAAAAGGCUCUUACUAUUUUAGCAGAAUUCCUUCAAAAUAACAAGCCCACAUCAUAUGACUUCGAACAUUCCGAGUUAGUGCUAUAUCAAAAUAUGAUUCUUUGCGAAGCUGGUCAGCUAGAGGAAGCUCUAUCCAAACUAGAGGAAAAUGCGACCGUUAUUGUGGAUAAAGUGACCUAUAUGGAGAGAAGAGGUGCUAUUUUGAUGGAUCUUGGACGGCUGGAAGAUGCAGAAAAAGUUUACCGCCAACUUAUCGAUCGAAAUCCGGAGAACAUUGCAUAUUACGACAAAUUAGAGAUUUGCCUUGGACUCGGGGAAGGGGCUCCUGUUUCUGAACGUGUGUCAAUGUAUGACAGUUUUGCCGAGCGACAUAAACGAGCAGCGGCUCCACGGCGUCAACCUUUGUAUCUCGUAGAAGGUCUAGAAUUAAGCCGCCGACUUGACGAUUGGAUUGUCAAGGGGUUACGAAAGGGCGUACCAAGUCUUUUCAAGAAUUUAGUUCCUCUGUAUGAUAACCCUGCAAAGGUAAGCGCUUUGCUCCUGGUUAUUAUAGCCUGGCAUUGA